AUGCGUUCUUCUGUACUUUCUCUCGCAUUCAUACUUUUUAUUCAUGUGCAUGCUCAGUGGAAUCCUCUCGGGGUCAACUUCACUCCAAUACCGCCUGGCACUUUUCAAGGUGGAGUAUUUGAUCCCAACUGGGGAAAUCAGCUACAACAGCAGAUUCAGCAACAAAUCAAAGACAGCAUGCAACAACUCGGCAUGGGCAAUGGCAACAAUAAUGUAGUUAUAACUACAGAAAACGGGAAUACAGUGGUGAAGGUGACAAUCGGCGGAAAACCCUACUCGGCCACGUUCCCAGGGACCAACCUUUCCAUCUUCACCAGCAGCGCGACCUACAACAGCCCCAACGGACAGCUCGUAGAUGUGUUCACAAUCACUGUGAACGAUCAAACUUACGUUUAUACUACGACUAAUGGUCAUACGACUGUCACCAAUGGCUCGGGGCAGGCCGUCAGUGGUGGUGGUCCAUUCCAUGUUACCUCCCGCUAA